AAUUCCAGGAAAGUAGGCUGUGGUGUAAUGUUGGCCCCUGAGUUUACUUUAGCUGCCAUUUCAGAAAAGCUCAUCGGGAGUCCACAUACACUGCAACAUUUUUUGCUCUAUCUGCCCUAAAGUUAAAAAAGGUGAACUAUCCCUUUAACCCAUCUUGAAGAAUGCCAGUAUAGGAGGUACAGGGAUGGUGGAGUUCCUGAAGAAUGCGAUGGCCUCAUUGACCUACAGCUCCCUCUGUAUGCCGGAGGACAUCACUGCACGUGGUCUGGAGUCAAUCCCCAACUUCUUCUACAGGGAAGAUGGACUCAGGCUGUGGGACAUCGUCCACAGGUUUGUUCACAAUGUGAUUGGUCACUACUGCACCUGUGACUCAGAUGUCCAGAAGGACACUGAACUGCAGAACUGGAUAGAGGAUAUCUUCUUCUAUGGGUUCAUGGCAGAAACCUGCACAGGUUACACUUUUCUCAUUCAAAUGACACAAUCUGCGUUACAAAUGGCAACAGCUCUCUGGUCAAAACUAGUGCACUAUUUAGGGAAAAGGGUUCAAUUUGAUAGACUACACUUUUAAAAAUUGUGAUACUGUUGCAUCGCUGCAACUCAAAGUAUAAUAUUAAAUCACAAUGGUUCUCUACAGAUCUGGUUUGUUGAUUAAAUUAUUUCUGAUAUCAAAUGUGUCCAUUCCCUUAGGCUUCUCAUUCCCUUACUAUAUUCUGGAUCAUUUGCAAAAUGUGUCAAUUCAGUGUCUGAUCUUAGCAUACUGAGUCUAUUUUUAAGUAAUGUUGAAAUCCAAGGCAGGAAUGUCUAUUUGCCCUUGUCAUACACCUACCUGAAUCCCAACAAUGUGGAGAACAGUGUGAGCAAGGGCGGUGUUUAUUAGGCCCCAAAUGGAAGGAAACUCAUUGAUACAGGGAGACUACCUUGUAUUCUGUUGAGACAUGUUUUAAAACAUUUAUCUUAUGGUGUGCCCUAAUCAUUACGACCCAGGCACUUUACUCUAUUGUGGUUCAGUCCACUUUUUCUUAUUUUUAAUAGCACCAUAGCCACAUAACUAGAGCUGGCCAUGCAGUCAAGAUGAGACGUUACAUGUUUCUACUUCUGUUUUGUAUGCCACUAGCUGAGUGUUUUAGUUGGGUUCUUCGCCCUUGUAUAACUGAAUUGUUUGUUCCUUGGCUCCCUUCCUGUUCAUGGCUAAUUCCAAAAUCUAAUCUUGCAUGCAAAACAGGAAGCUACUGUUGCAUGGCCUUCCAUUUACCUGCUAACCAGAAGGAGGUGUGGUAUAUGGUUCCUAUAGAGACAGGUGACCUUAAUAAAUAUAACUUAUUUCAGCUACCUGCCUCCCUCUAAAAGGGGAGUGUUGACAGUAAACUACCAAAUGGACAACACCUACAGACAUCAGUUCCCAUAGGACCUUGCUGCUGAGAGUAAGCUGCAAGUGACGUUCCUGAUUUAUUAGCAGUGUAGCUUUAAAUUGAACCCACUCAAUAAAUGGGUGGUAGCCAGAAGGGAACUACUGUCCAUACAGCAAAGAUAGAGAUUAUCUUUUUGUUCAUCUGCUUUGUAACUCUAUUUGCUGGCUGA